CGUGACUUGUGAAUCCAUGUAUCGUUUAAUCGGACCUUUGAUUCAUUUAAACGGGCAGUUUAAAUGAAUCGGUUGUCUAAAUUCAAUCGAACUGAACCAUCUGCUAGGGAGUAGCAUCACUACUGAUACAAAAGGCCUUGUUAAUUAAUGCUAAGGCUAAGUUGCUAACCGGGCUGGCUCCAUUCAUUAUUUUAGCUAGAUUUGUUGCUGUUUUAUCGAGCUUAGGUGUCAAGUUUUUAGUUACGUGAGGUCACAUGAAGAUACUCUCGGUAACCACUUUAAAUCACGUGUUAGCUAACGUUAAGAACGUCAAGUAGCAGUUUGGCUCUUCGUUUCUGUUUAGUUUUUUGGAGAAGUGAUGGACCAGUUAAACCAGUUGAACGUCAUGCGUCUUCAAGAGCCCCUUCCCACAGCUCUGGAUCUCUCCAUGGGUUGCCGACAAAUUCCAGUUAAACCAAGCUCUGUGGAGGCCCUGGAUCUUGUAAAAGCCUGCCGGAGUGAUCUUAACUCAGGUGCCAACAGCAGGACGGUGGGUGUUCCUGGAAACCACAUUUCCAAGCCUCCCAAACAAGGUGAUGGUUCCCAGUUGGACGCCACAUCAAGGUUUGACUAUGAAUCGAUCUAUCGUGGCACGCCCUUACACAGCCAAAACUCUUUGCCUUUGCUUGAUGGACUGCCCUCUAUUGCUCAAGUACUCUGUCCAUGCCCACCCAUAAGCCCUGAGCCUAUAGAAGAUGGCAUAACUGGUGUUACAAUGGAUAAAGCGUUUAUGCAUCCCUCUGGAAAUCCGUUUGAGAGGCUGAUCACUGUAUCACAGAAUGCUAAGACUGAAACUGACACACCAAUUCGAACCAGGGGAAGCACUAAGGAAAAAAAGAAUGCACUGAAUGCACAGUCCCAGUACACCAAAGCUGGCUGUGGUGGAAAAAAUACAAGUGUUUUGCCGAGGACUAGAUCCAAGGGCUUUCUUGUACCUCAGGACAGCGCUUCUCCUACUCCUUCAUUACAUUCCACUAGCUCUGUGAGCAUAAUCUCUGAAGAUUCAGCGUUAGUAGAGAGACACUUGUUGGUGCACAAACAAACUGCUGUAGAAACUCUGUCAUCUGAAUGUACUUUCUCUGAAGUGAAUUCUCCUUGCUCAGUUGAGUACAUUUCUAGCGCCGAUAGCGACGUCAUCGAGGUGCCUAUAACCAGACAUGUUAAAAAUACCUAUCGCACUAAUGAACUCGCUUUCCAUAACGUUGCAGAAACUUUGGAGUCAAGUGAGGUAUCGUCACCCACUGUGGACAGUGAUCCAGAAACUGAUGCGUUUGUCUCCAAAAACUUUCCGUCUACCUCAGAUGCAGAAAAUGCAAACAUUCUUAAAGCUCCGCAGGAUGGAGCACCAUCUUCGCCAUCACUUAAGGGUGGCCCACCAUCUAAAAGAAAGGCACCGUGUAAGAGAAAGAGACGGACCAACCCGCAACCCAAAAAGAAAAGCCCAGGCAGGAAACGAAGAAAGCUUUCAUCCUGCAGCAAAGCGGCAGUGGUCAAGAGAAGAAGGAAGAAAUCUCAGCCCUCCAAGUCCUCUACCUCCAUGUUUCCCUCCAAGGAGCCAGAGAUCAUGCUGAAAUACGCAAACUACAAAGAGGAGAAGAGAGAGGCCAAGGGGGACAACUUUGCCCCCUAUAUCCGGAUGGAAUUUUCUGCAUGCACUAUUGUCAACUUUCAGGAUGAUGACGGCGAUACUAGGGCGAAGAAAAGCCGUCAGUCUUCUGCAUCAUCCAGUAUAGUGCCCACAACCUCUUGCUUACUGCUGGGACGGCUGAGCUCGGACAGUAGGUCUCAGAUGGGUCAGCUGUGCUGCUUGUGCGGCAGGACGGCCAAUGCCAUUGGCUUGGGGGACUUACAUGGGCCCUACUGUCGUCAGCCGGACACUUAUUGUAGCCCAAUAGUGGUGAACCAUGACAGUGAGUCUAGAGGCCGGACACUUGAUGGACUCAUAGACUGUGAGGAGAAAAAGCCUGCUGUUCUGCGCAAGGAACACUGUUUGUCAGAUGAGUGGCCUGCUGCCUCUGAAAGGGGCAGUGAACAUUGGGUACAUGAAGACUGUAGUGUCUGGUGUGCGGGAGUUUUCUUGGUCAAAGCCAAGCUGUACGGACUAGAGGAAGCAGUGAGGCUCGCUCAAGAAGCUGUGUGCUCGUGUUGUAACAGAGCAGGUGCCACGUUGGGAUGCUUCUUCAAAGGCUGCCCCAACAAAUACCACUUCCCCUGUGCUCUCCAGGAUGAGUGCUCGUUUAACGAGGAAAACUUUACUAUAAGAUGUCCAAAGCACAAGAAUAAAUCUCCCAGAACCAGCUUGAGCAGACUGCACAACAGAUGACACAGAAGAGGCAUUAGACUACCAUGGAGGGUGAACUCCACUACACAUCCCUGUAUCUCCACCUCCUGGUCACAUUUGGUUCUGAGUGAGGGUUUACAACAUUUGUCUCUUUUUAGUUUUUGACUUAUCAAACUGUUUACAGUUGUUUACAAGCAGAUGAAUGUUUAUAGUACCAAACCCUCUUUCACUGUACUGUAGAAGGCCAUUGCCUUUCUUAUAGUAUUUUUUGGCACUGUCUGUGCUGAAGGAUUAUCAUACCAUUCCCCUGAAGAUCACUGAAAACCAUUAAUGGAUUUGAAUGGGCAAGUUUAACCACGGCUGAUAUCUUUACAGAAGUCCAGCUGUUUUUCAAGGCCAAACGUCUGAUCAUUUGAGAGCUUGGAAUUCACUUCAUUUAUUUGUUUUUGAAGACAAUUUUAAGAUUUUUUUGGCACGUUCCAUUAAAAAGGUGCUCGGAUUUCAGCUUCUUUAUGCAUUACCUAUAGAGCAAACGAGCCGAUUCACUUUUUUGAAAUUAAGAAUUUAUGAUUUUAAGAUUAGCCAUACAGUAAUGUCUCUUGGAAGAGGCUAUUUGAGGCAAGCAGCAGAGCUAAGGGAUAUGUCUGUUGGACUUUCACUUGUAUUUAUCCAACUAAGAAGUCCUUUUUUUUUUUUUUAAAUUUAUAUUCCCGUCAAAUUGUAAUGCUGCACGUGGCAGGUCUUCUCAGAAGGUACCAUAUGCACUAUACUUGAACAUAUUUGUAUGUAAUUAUGUUUAUUUAAUGUGUAUAUGCAUAUUUAUUUGCAGAUUUUUGAGCCCGACUGAAAAGAGCGCACAUUAGAAAUGCAGGGAAUUGGCUCUCUUAUUUAUUGAUCUAAAUGAGAUGUGAUGGGUUUGUGUAUGUUGCGCUUUAAAUCCCGAAGUCUGAAUUAAUGGCCUGAGAUUUGGAGGAACCGCUGUGUGUGUAGGUUGUACAAUUUCACCCUAUGCCUUGUGAUGUCCCUGUGGAUCCUGUUCCAAUAAACAUUUUUACUACCUUUA